AUAAUCAAGUAAUAGCUCUAAUAGUCUGUUUACAUAUCAGGUUACUGUGAGCAGAUAGAUCAGUAGCUCUGACGCUCCGCGGAGCGACGGGCGUUUCUCUUCCCCUCUGGCGAAUGACUUUACAAAAAGGUGUGCAUUUCGUACUUGGGAAUAGGAGCAGGGCUUCAUUCGCACAUGGCUGGAGUUGGCGGAAAGAGCGCAGUGUCGUUCUCCGUGCUCAAGCGCUCGUUCUCGCUGCGCGGCUCCCCGCGGUCGGUGCUCACUGGCGGGCGGCGCAGCGCGCAGGAAGGGUGGCUGGUGGCCCGUCCUCCUCACCCGCUCAGAGCUCACCGACACCCCGCGUAUGUGUGUUUCUCCUACCAGGACUCCAUGAGCGAAACCCUGCGGACCUGCUACGCGUAUCUGAACCAGACCAGCCGGAGCUUCGCGGCGGUGAUUCAGGCCCUGGAUGGAGAACUGCGGCAUGCCGUGUGUAUUUUCUAUCUGGUUCUGCGAGCCCUGGACACCGUAGAAGACGACAUGACCAUCCCGCUGGAGAAGAAGGUCCCGCUGCUGCACGACUUCCACACGUUCCUGUAUCAGCCCGAGUGGUGCUUCACAGAGAGCAGAGAGAAAGACCGACGGGUCCUGGAGGAUUUCCCUACGAUUUCAGUGGAGUUCAGGAACUUGGGCCAAGAGUAUCAGGACGUCAUUUCAGACAUCUGUCACCGGAUGGGUGUAGGAAUGGCUGAAUUCCUGGAGAAGAAAGUUGCUUCAAUGAAGGAGUGGGACAAAUACUGUCAUUAUGUGGCGGGUCUGGUGGGGAUCGGACUGUCCCGACUCUUCUCUGCGUCCCAGCUGGAGGAUGUUGAGGUGGGCCGGGACACGGAGCUGGCCAACUCCAUGGGUCUGUUCCUCCAGAAGACCAACAUCAUCAGGGACUAUCUGGAGGACCAGCAGCAGGGACGGGCCUUCUGGCCGCAGGAGGCCUGGAGUCAGUUCGCGUCCCGUCUGGAGGAUUUGGCCCAGCCUCAGCACCUGAGCUCCGCCCUGUCCUGUCUCAACCUGCUGGUGACCGACGCCCUCCGCCACGUCCCUGAUGUCAUCGCAUACCUGUCCCGCCUCCGCAACCAGAGCGUCUUCAACUUCUGUGCCAUUCCACAGGUGAUGGCGAUAGCGACUCUGUCUGCGUGCUACAACAAUCCUCAGGUGUUUCAGGGUGUGGUGAAGAUCCGGAAGGGUCAGGCGGUGACGCUCAUGAUGCAGGCCACAAACAUGGGUGCCGUUCAGAGCAUCAUCGCUCAGUACAGUCAGGAGAUCCUGCAGAAAGUUUCCGUCACGGAUCCGUCCCAGGAAAAGACUCUGUGUAUCCUGAAUCUCAUCUGUGAGAAGAGCCUGUCUGGAGCGGCGCUGUCGUCCCGAGCGCACCACAUCUCUCCGAUGUACGUUUCGGCGGCCAUGCUGCUGGCGGCCCUCAGCUGGCAGUACCUUAAUGCCACGGCGGGGCCACCAGGGGGCGCAGACAUGCAGGGACACUGAGACGCUUCCCUCCGAACGCUGACGGCUGAACCUGCCAGAACAACAGGCUUGAGAGGGGUUGUUUUUUUUUAUUUAGGUGAAUCUUACAAAAACACACGUCCAGCUCAUGUUUCACCUCAUUUUUCUCAAGCGAGGAAAAAAUAAGAAAUCAUAUUUUGCAUUAAGAAAAUUAAGCCUAUUAUAAUUUUUAACUUUGUAAAAUAUUUUUUUACACAAAUAAAAUUAAAGAAAACAUAUAUUUUUAUUUAAAAAAUAUAAAUUACAUUUAUAAAAACAUUCAAAUACACAUAC